ACAUUAAGCUUGAAAAGCUGGUCAAUGGCAAGUUGAAUGGCAGCUUCUUGGGCUUAAAAGAGAGUCGCCAUAUUAAAUUAUCCUGUAAGCCCAGAUUCUAGUUCAGACUCAUCUCUACUAGACUGGUCCUGAUUUUGUCGGUUGUGGUCAGAUUUUAGAACACCGAAACAUGUUCACACACAUAAUUUGACAGAAUCUGAGACCUUGACCUAGAUUUAACAUGUUGAAUCUUUCAAAUCUGAGUAUAAGUCAAAGGGACAACAGUGGUUGGAAGAAUAAAAACAGGGAAUCCUGUUAUGAACUGAGAAACUGGGAUUAGAAAUAAAUAAAUGUGAAAAAUAUGAAAAUGUCUGAAGGAAUCACUUCUGUGAUACAGCUAAAACGCGACUGUUGCCGUCUGGGAUUUCAGACAGCUCAGAUCCCAGUCAAACAGUAAUAGGCUAAACACCAACCCUCUUCUUCCACUCGGAUGGACAAAGGCUUUGACCCCCUUUCAGUGGUUUUUGGCCACUAGCAUGCCAUUGGCAUAGUUCACCUGCCCUGGCCCCUGACACUUUGAAAGGCUGCCAAGAAUCCUCCACCAACACAAUUGAGUAUGCACCCAUAGACAAACCAGAGGCUUAUUCAUUACGCAGAUUCAGUUGCAAAACAUUUCUUAAACGGAAGCAAACAGAACAUACCUGACUUUGUCCAAUCAAAAGUCUUGUUUAGUUGCAAAACAUUCCGUUUUGCAUUUGUUUGGACAACUGAUUACAUCCCAGACCAAAUGAAGCAUCAAGGAGCCAAAGUUCCAAACCCUUACCCUACCACAGAAAUGGAGGAGUCUUAAAGUGACAGUUCACUCCAAAAUCAAUGUUUAUUGAAUGUUUUCGGACCCUCCCCUACGAGAUGAAUGUAAAAGAUAGGCACGGCUACCAAAUAAGUACAAGAAUGUAGUUAGAGAGUCUUCUAUGCAUUUUGAAUUGAGGCGUGUAGCUGGAUCUACAAAACCAAUUGUGGGACCUGGACUGGCCUUCACAACAGACCACUUUUGAGGUCCCGCAAUUGGUUUCGUAGAUCCAGCUACACGCCUCAAUUUAAAGUGCAUAGGAGACACACACAUGCGGGCAGUCUUGAAGACAGAUAGAUACCUACAUGUUUUAACUUAAAUAACAAACAAAAAAAUACGACACAUUACUAACGUUAACAGUCCAAUUCAACUGGUUAGAUUGUUCAUCUUGUUAGAAGGAUUGUGGAGAAUAUAAAAUGGGCUUGGUUUCUUAAAUGCUCCCAAGGAAGCUUGUUGCGAUAACGUUGGCUCUAAAGUGGCUGACAGGCAGCAGCUGACAGUGAAAUAGAUUAUCACAGUCCCACUGAGCUAGCUAACUGACGUUAGCUUCCCUACUAGGUUCGUCCUGCUGAAUCACGCCCAUCCAACAAGCAAUCUAAUUGGACUAGCUAUCUGGCUAGGUUAGCUCACAGUCGUGGUUGCAGCGUAGCGGACGAGUCCAUUCAUUUGCCUCGUCCAAUAAACACAUCGUGGAAUGUGAUUAGCAAACGAGUAGGCUCUCACGCUCGUUUACUGUGAACUUUGAAAAGGGAAGCCACCAGUAAAACGUAAUCUGGUUAAAAUGCUAAAUUAUAAAAAACACACAUUUGAAACACGCUAGCUAGCUUGGCUCGCAAAUUCGCAAGCGACGUUCGCACCGCAACGCAAUAAUGUCAGGUGAAAAUGUCAAUGGAAAGAAGAAUUACUUGUAAUAUCAAGCAGUUAAUUGCAUGCAAAUAAUUGCUAAUAAUAUGUUUGGCGAAACUAAGUUACCGUAAAUGGAGUGCAGUAGUUCCUCUCCUGUCAAACUGCACAAUCCUCUUCCACACGGUAAUGCGAGCGAAACCAAACCUGAUGUUGAUUUGGGCGAGCUAUGCCUGGAACACCGUUUUCUAACUAUGUGAUUGGAGCGAAAACGUUCUAUACUAACAUCAACAAAGUUAUAUUUCUUGAUUUGUAUUGGCUGUUGAUAGGUGUGCGCUGCUUCAUUUGUCUGCCAAUUGGUUAAAAAUCCAACUGGCUUCGAAAAUGCAACGUUUUUAACGGGUUCUUUAUAAGGAUUGGUUGAAAUGAUCAGGUUUACCGCAAUUCCAUUGGUCAUACGAACUGUCAGUUGGCCACUCGCGAAUGGAACGUUUGGCUUCGCAACAUAAACACAAAACACACCCCUUCGUGGUUUGUGAUUGGAAGUUUACUUUAGGGACUGAAAAUUUCCAUAAAUGGUUACGAUUCAGGCGACAUGAUUUGUUGACAAAGAUGGCAAUCGACGAUCUUGAAACGAACAACGUGUCCGCCCCAUUUGAUUGUUUCAUAUUUUAAUGAAUUAGAUAUGGCGCGGUACACGUCAAUACGAGUGUAGCUAUUUUAAUUGAAUGGAUGAAAUAAUUGUGCGAUUUCUGCAGCUAGCUGUAACUAGCGAGGUUAUUCAAGUGAAAAAUAGAUAGCAUCGCUGUGCUACAUCCCUUUCAUCGCUAAUUAUUGUCUUAGGAAGCUGACAACAGGGUACAGUGUGCAGGGGCUAGUUAGCUAGCGAGGCUUCUACAAUUUAGCUAGUAUAGUUAAUGAAAGAAUACAGGGAGAAUUCGAUCCCUGGAAAUCCAGCUGCAAGUCUGGAUCACAUCAAGCCAUGUUGGUACUGGGACAAGAAGGACCUGGCUCACACACCCUCCCAGUCCGAGGGCCUGGACCCGGCCACCGAGGCCCGGUACCGAAGAGAGGGGGCUCGAUUCAUCUUCGACGUGGGCACGCGCCUGGGACUACACUAUGACACGUUGGCUACAGGGAUCAUAUACUUCCAUCGCUUCUACAUGUUUCAUUCCUUCAAGCAGUUCCCCAGAUAUGUGACUGGGGGUUGCUGUCUAUUCCUGGCCGGUAAAGUGGAAGAGACCCCAAAGAAAUGUAAAGACAUUAUCAAGACGGCUCGCAGCCUGCUGAAUGACAUACAGUUCGCCCAGUUUGGAGAUGACCCAAAGGAGGAGGUGAUGGUGCUGGAGAGGAUCCUGCUGCAGACCAUUAAAUUCGACCUGCAGGUGGAGCACCCAUACCAGUUCCUGCUCCGCUAUGCCAAGCAGCUCAAAGGUGAUAAGAACAAAGUCCAGAAGCUAGUUCAGAUGGCCUGGACCUUUGUGAAUGACAGCUUGUGCACCAUGCUGUCCCUACAGUGGGAACCAGAGAUCAUAGCUGUAGCAGUCAUGUACCUGGCCGGCCGGCUGUGUAAGUUUGACAUCCAGGAGUGGACGUCCAAGCAGUCUUCACGGCGAUGGUGGGAACAGUUUGUCCAGGAUGUCCCAGUGGAGCUGCUGGAAGACAUCUGCCACCAGAUCCUAGACCUGUACUCCCAGGGCAAGCAGCAGAUGCCCCAGACCCCCAGCGAUAAGACCCCGCCUAUCCCCGUCCCAACCCCUACCCCUCAGCAGCUGCAGGCCCUCUCCCAGCCCCCGCUCCCCAGCCCCCCUGUCGCGCCACCACUCAGCAAGAAGGUCUCGCCCCAGACCAGCCCUCCUCGCCAGCUCAAACGAGCCCACGUAUCGUCUCCUAAAGAAGAAAGCCAGGCACCUGAGCCAGUGGGCUCUAAGAUCCCCAGGCUGGAGCCUCCCAUGCCCCCUCUACCCACAUCACAACCCCCCUCAGACCGCAAGCCUCCAGCCUCCCACCCCUCCGCCCCUCUCCCAGGAGAGACUGACCCAACUGGGGCAGGAGGCCCAGCGGAGCCCCCUAAAGGACCUCCACCUCCCCCCCACUCAGCCUCCCUCCACCAGCCUCCCCCGCUUCCCCACCGCCCCCCUCCACCGCCCCCGUCCAGCUACAUCAUGGGCAUCCCCACCUCCAGUUCCUACAUGUCAGGAGAGGGUUUCCAGAGCCUCCAGUCGAUGAUGAAGACAGAGGGGCCGUCCUACAGCACCAUCCCCCCAUCCUAUGGCCCUCCCCUGGCCUACCACAGCCACGUCUCCCCUAACGCCCCGCCGCCUGGUCCUCCACUUUCCGCCUCCUACCCUCCACCCAACCUCCCUCCACCUUCCCCCGCCUACCCCCCGCCGGGGUACAACCACAGCUACCCUCCCCCGCCCCCUCAUUGCGCCCCCGGACACGGGGAAUACCCGCCUGUGAUGGGCAUCCCUCCCAGCAACUAUCCCCCACCCCCUGGAGGACAGGGCCAGGUACCCCCUCCGCUGCCCCCUGGCAUGCCCCCCAUCGGUGGCAUGAGUCAGGGGGCGUGGAUGAGGUGAUGGGGUUGAGACUGGAUGUGCCAAACCAACACUAGUCCUAUUACAGCAGACAGGAGUCUCCAGUGUUACUGACAGACAGCUUUAGUGAUGGGGAACACAGUUAACGCAAGGCCAGUUGGGGAGACCGGCCUCAUGUCCUCCCUGUAGUUUUCUGAAGCUGUCAUCUUACGGUUGCAAAAUUUAAGUACUGUUCUCAGGUCAUCCAGAAAUCCCGGUUGGAACAUUCCUGGAAUCGUAAGGAAUAACCAGGAAAUCUGGACUCCAACCUGGAUUUCUGGAAACCCUGGGAAUUUGGGAAACGUUACCAGAAUUUUGCAACCCUACAUCUCCAACAAGCCAAACAGCACAGCCACACCUCAUCAAGAACCAACCAUUAACUUCCAUUGCACAAGUUAGUUAACGUGAAAAAUACAUAAUGUGGUGUGUUUGUUGUACUAUGGCUGUUUUUAUAUUAGCCUUUUUAGUAACAUGUUUGUCAUUUUUUUUAUAUGAACUUUUAGGUUAGCUUGCUGUACAAAUGUAGGAAAGAAUGGUCGGACCAAAAAAGAAAAUGGCAGCUCCACUCUAACCAUUCCAUGGCUUGGAUGUACAGUAUCUUCCACAUGCAUUCCUUUCUGUUUGAAACACACUACUAAACCAGUAUUAUAUUCUAAUGUCAAUGAAUAGUCUACCAUUGUAGCAUUGUGCAUGGACUGGAACAUAAAGACACACUUGCAUGAUGCACACACAGGACAAACACACACAAGAAACUCACACACUUUAAAUAAACACACCUUUUUAUGGGUGUUUGGACGUUUUAUGUUUUGUUGUUGAAGAAAAGUAUGUGUAAUGCUUGCACAUUCUUAGGAAAAAAAGGUGCGAUCUAAAACCUAAAAUGAUUAUUUGGCUGUCCCCAUUGAAGAACCAUUUUUGGCUCCAGGUAGAACACUUUUGGGUUCCAUGUAGAACCCUUUUCACAGAGAGUUCUACCUGGAACCAAAAGGGUUCUGCAAUGGGGACAGCCAUGGAAUCCUUUUGAAAACCUUUUUUUCUAAGAGUGCAGCACUGCCAUGAAUUAAUGUUUUAAAAUUACUUUUUUAAAUGUUGAAGUUGUCUUUUCAUUAUACCUUGUGAACUUCCAUUGUUACUUAGUUUGUUUGUAAUAUGUGAAACGUUACUCUAAGCAAAGUUACUUGGCAUUAAACAUUAGUUUUUUUCUAAAGUUGUUCAUUUAUUUUUUCAAUGUGUGACAAUAAAAAUAUACAAAAAUAA